GGCGCGCUGCUUCCGGUUCAGAGGUCAGACAGUGGUUGCCCGGACCAUGGUGCAGCUCCGGCCGCGCGCGUCCCGGGCCCCGGCGUCAGCGUCGGCGAUGGUGGACGAGGGCCCGCCUGCCUCCGAGGAGGAAGCGGAGCACGGCCUGCUGCUCGGACAGCCCAGCAGCGGCGCGGCGGCCGAGCCGCUGGAAGCCGAGGAGGACGGGGACGAUGAGCUGGAGGACGAGGCCCCGGAGGAGCUGACCUUCGCCAGCGCCCAGGCAGAAGCGAGGGAAGAGGAGCGGCGAGCGCGGGAGACCGCGCGCAGGGAUAAAACGCUGCUAAAGGAGAAGAGGAAGCGGCGUGAGGAGCUGUUCAUAGAGCAGAAGAAAAGGAAACUCCUUCCAGACGCUGUCCUAGAGAAAUUAACUGCAGCGUCGCAAGCAAACAUAAAGAAAUCACCACCAAAAUUAAAAGUCAGUUUGCAAAAGAAAAAUGAAAAAUGUGAAAAAAUAAGUGAUUCCAAGAAGACUAAGGUGCAGAAAGUGCAAUCUGUUGGCCAGAAUAAAAGCUAUGUUGCUCUAAGGCUAAAAGAUGAAGAUCUAAGAGAUUCAAGGAAAGAGGCAGCCAAAGCCUUCAUACAAAAUUCUUUAUAUGGUCCAGGAACCAACAGAACUACUGUAAAUAAGUUCCUGUCUCUUGAAAAUAAAAGGUUACCAGUGAAAAAGGCUGCAGUACAGUUUUUGAAUACUACUUGGGGAACUCAGAGAAAGCAAAAUGCCAAGAAGUUUGCAAGACGGUGGAUGAUCAGAAAGAUGAAAACUCCUAAGAAGUAACUAAAAGCUAAAUGAAAAUUACUUUGUAUGUAUAGAAAUUAGUUAUAUAGAGGAUACAUUUUUGUGGAAAAAACAUCUAAUAAAUCAUUUGUAAAUCA